AUGGAUUCAUCGAAGCCAGAGCCUUCGAUGAACAAAACCUCUAGUAAAUCAUCAUCGGUGAUAGAUUCGAUCAAAGGAUGUACUUUGUCGGGAAUGCGGGUUCCGAAAGAAGAAUUGAGGCGAAAGAUCACAAUGCCGGAGUAUUUACGGUUUGCUAUCCGUGAUGCCAUGGCAUCGAAAGACAUUGAGGCCGGAAAACACCAUUACGAAGAAGGUGGUGAUACGAGUACCCUCGUCGCACCUGAAUCACCAUUGGUUGUUUUUGUUAAUUCUAAAAGCGGUGGCCGCCAGGGCUCUGAGCUCCAAUCCAGGCUGCAAGAAUUCAUGGGCGACGAACAGGUGUUUGACCUUCACAAUGUCAAACCUCAUGAAUUUGUUCAAUACGGGUUAGCUUGCAUGGAAAGCAUUGCAGCUCUUGGAGACUGUUGUGCCCAAGAAACUCGUGAAAGAUUAAGAAUUGUAGUUGCAGGAGGUGAUGGUACUGUGGGUUGGGUCCUCGGGUGUCUCGGGGAGCUUCACGAACGGGGUAGAGACCCCGUUCCACCAACCGCAAUCAUACCUCUUGGUACAGGAAACGACUUAUCCCGAAGCUUUGGUUGGGGUGGUUCGUUUUCUAUCAAAUGGAAAAAAGCGAUAAAGAGGGUUCUUGAUCGCGCUAUUAAUGCUCCACUUGCCCGCCUUGACAGUUGGAACCUUGUGAUAUCAAUGCCAGCCGGUGCACAACUGGAUACCCCUUACGCGUUGAAGCAAACCGAAGAGGUGGUCCUUGAUAAGGAUUUAGAAAUUGAAGGACAUUUGCCUAAGGAAGUUUCUUGCUACCAAGGAGUCUUCUACAAUUAUUUUAGCAUAGGAAUGGAUGCCCAAGUGGCUUAUGGUUUCCAUCAGCUACGGAAUGAGAAACCCUAUCUUGCGCAUGGUCGUAUCGCAAACAAGAUAAUUUACUCUGGGUACUGCUGUAAACAAGGAUGGUUUUUUACGCCUUGUAUAAAUGACCCGGGCUUAAGGGGACUGAAGAACAUUUUAAGGAUGCAUAUUAAAAGGUUAAAUAGCCCAAAUUGGGAGCUGAUUAACCUUCCGGCAAAUAUUAGGUCUAUAGUUGCUUUGAAUCUUCCUAGCUAUGCGAGCGGACGAAAUCCAUGGGGCAACUUGAAGCCAGAAUACUUAGAAAAGAAAGGUUUCGUCGAGGCUAAUUCAGACGAUGGUCUCUUGGAAAUAUUUGGAUUUAAACAAGGAUGGCAUGCAUCAUUAGUCAUGGUUGAUUUAAUAUCAGCAAAACACAUUGCACAGGCAGCUGCAAUUCGGUUUGAGCUAAGAGGCGGCACAUGGAGAGAAUGUUUCAUGCAGGUGGAUGGAGAACCAUGGAAACAACCCAUGAACAACGAGUAUUCGACGUUUUUAGACAUCAAACGGGUACCAUUUCAGUCAAUCCUGGUAAAAGGAGAGAACAAUCAUUCUUAAAGGAUAUCUUUGUAAGAAAAUAAGUGUUAUUUUGCAAAUUAGUUGUAUAUUAUGGAGAAAACACACACCACAUCCGAUCAAAAGUGCGCGGAUGAGAUUACGGGCUGUUUACAGAGGGUGGGCCAAUACCUGGUCCUGCUCGAUCAAACGGGCCAGGCCCGGUUCAACAAUAGACCUUGUAGUCUAG